UACAGCUGAAGUCCUGUUACUGAACACCUGUGACUCAGGUGUGUUUAAUGCCUGCUAUCCUGUCAUUUCUACAUCACUGUGUGACCUCACUGAAGGAUUAAUAUCCAUGUUUACACGUGUGUUUGAUUAGCUUCCAGCUGAAGGGGCAUACAGCAGCCUGAGGUCGCCCACACCCGUCAACACAUCCUGAGGUUAGUGACAGUUUCCCCUAGAUGACCUAUACAUAGUUGAAUAUUAGCAGCACGAGCCACUUCACUUAUUUGCGUGGAUUUCUGGUGUCGGCUUGAUCCACAUUCUCCUUCCCUGCCCUCCGGCUGUUGUCAUGGAGAUAGCAGGUGUUGUGCCGCAAUGUGCAUCUCCGCUGUGGGAAGGCGCGUGCUCUCAUGUGCGUCCUCCAAUCACCAGUCAUCAUGUGCGUGCUUCCUCACUCACAAACCGAUGGUUUCUGGCAGAUAAAUUAAAGAAAUGUUCUUCAUGUUCUAGUCUAAAACAACACGUUUCCAGCAGGAACACGGAUUACAAACGCUUGUCUUGCCUCAGUCUCAUCGUUUACUUCCGCUAUCUGCGGUUGUUCGCACAGGGGACGCGCAUUUCGGCUCAACACCAGACACGUGACCCCAGCGAGCCAGGGGGAGGUGAUGGGGAGCUGAAGUUCAGACACAAACGAGUCCAGCGGCUCUCGGAGCGGUCCUGCGGCAGCACACGGCUCAGGAUGAUGGAACCGGACAAACUCAUCCUCCUUUUGCUCUGCUUCACGGCUUUCCGCUGCUGGGCCAUCGACACCGUUAAUGUCGUGGAUUUCUGUGACCAGACAAUCCAGGAUGAUGGCAUGAUAGUCAACUCACAUCAGCAAUCUAAGAAGUACUACUUUGUGACCACCGGGACUGACUGUCACCUCACCAUGCAGGCCAGCUCCCCUAAAGACAACGUGCAAUUCUACUUUCGCUUCUUCCUGGUCUACAGCUUGCUCCGAGUGGUCCCUCUCGGUCCUGCCCCUCUCUUCCCUGAGGCAUUACAAGGCUCCUCCCUUCUUAACUCUAGAUUCGAGCCCACCUCCAGUGGAGGCCCAGGAGACCCUUGUCAUGCUGGCUCAUUUAUUCAGUUCUAUGAUGGACGGGACAGGAGUUCACCCACCCUCGGGCCUCCUCUUUGUGGGAAGAGUCCACCACAGCCAGUGCUGUCCACAGGAAACUACCUGACUCUGAGGCUGGUGACCCGCGGGACCCAGCCCAGGGUUGACUUUGUGGGAGAUUUCACCUCCUUCAGACUGGGAUUCAACCAGUCAGAUUGCAGUACUGAGCCCUACUUCCCCUGCAGGAAUGGGAAGUGCAUCCCUGUUAGUCUGGUGUGUGAUGACAAAGCCAUUGAUAAUUGUGGAGAUGGAAGUGACUUAGAGGAAAACCUGACAACUGACUGCAAAGGUCGGUUCCUGCCCCAGGAGCCUCCAUCCCUUUUGGUAACCUCACUGCCCUCCUCUGUGAAUCUGCCUGCAGAACCUAGUGGGACACGAGCGAACAACUCCUUCAGUCAUGAAUCGGUAACAGACCUGAGCCCAUCUUGGUCUCUGCUGGUUCUGUUCAUCGCCCUGGGUGUGGUGGCAGGAGCUGUCAUGUUCUGCUGGUGCUGCUGGUCGCCUGGCUGGUUCCUGUGGCGGGUCAGCAUCUGUCGCUUCUUACCCUGCUGUAACUGGGCUUGUGCCUCCUGCAAGUUCUGCACUCACAACAAGGAGCAUCGGGUGGCAAAGAUCACCCCUUACCCACCGGUGAACAGGUCAUCAGUGGGCACAACAGCCACAAACAGCAAUGAGGACAACAUCACCACAGUAGCUGUGUAGCCCAGACCUGUCUGGUUCUGGUUCUGAAAGCUGCUGAUUAAUUUGAGAAGGGUUUGGUGUGGUCCAGUACGUGGUGCUGAGGGCCUUAGACAAUACUGUUACGCUCAUUGCAACACCCAGCAUUAAUUCACUCACAAGAAGGGGCGGGACUUAUGGGGAAAGUGUCGCUUGAGACACAUUAUGAUCUGGAUCAGCUUUGGUGAAGCAGAAUAAACCAUGACUGUGAGAUUUGAAUCACGUUUAAAUCACAAACUAAAGUUAGAUGUUUGAGCAUCUACAUGACCAUGAGACCAUGGUUUAUAGGAGUAGAGAGUCUGUGGCCCAGACCACAGCUGUUUUCCACUGGAGAAGCCUAAAGCCUAAACUCAUUUAAUCCUGAUGGAUACCAACAACUUUGGGACAUUAAAUGUUAAAUGUU